UAUUAGCGACUGCAUCAGUCUUCAUUUGCAGGCCGAACUAUUUACAACGACUAUAAUGUUCAAGUUAGUAGUUCUAGCAGCGCUUUGCGCCUUCGUUGCCGGCAAACCCAGCGUGGGGCACGAUGCCAUUCUCGCUCAUGAUGCUACAUUUGCCCAUCUACCCGCGGCCGUUAGCCACAGCUACGUCAGCCACCCAGUGGUCGCCCACCACUACGAAGCCGUCGCCGCUCCAGUUGCUCACGUAGAAACUGUCGCUCAUGAAGCUAAAAUCUCCCACGUGCCAGCCGCUGUUACUCACAGCCAUAGGGCCGACUACAUCAGCAACCCAGUGGUCGCACGUACCCACGUCGUCGCUCCAGCUGUUGCUCACUACGAAGCCGUGGCCGCCCCAGUCGCUCAUGUGGAAACUGUCGCCGCUCCAGUGAUCGCUCACGAAGCUAAGAUCUCCCACGUGCCAGCCGCCGUCAGCCACAGCCACAGGACCGACUACAUCAGCAACCCAGUGGUCGCCCGCACCCACGUUGUAGCUCCAGCUGUUGCUCACUACGAAGCCGUGGCCGCCCCCGUCGCUCACGUAGAAACUGUCGCUCAUGAAGCUAAAAUCUCCCACGUCCCAGCCGCCGUUACCCACAGCCACAGAGCCGACUACAUCAGCAACCCAGUGGUCGCACGCACCCACGUUGUAGCUCCAGCUGUUGCUCACUACGAAGCCGUGGCCGCCCCAGUCGCUCACGUAGAAACUUACGCCGCUCCAGUGAUCGCUCACGAAGCUAAGAUCUCCCACGUGCCAGCCGCCGUCAGCCACAGCCACAGGACCGACUACAUCAGCAACCCAGUGGUCGCCCGCACCCACGUUGUAGCUCCAGCUGUUGCUCACUACGAAGCCGUGGCCGCCCCCGUCGCUCACGUAGAAACUGUCGCUCAUGAAGCUAAAAUCUCCCACGUCCCAGCCGCCGUUACCCACAGCCACAGAGCCGACUACAUCAGCAACCCAGUGGUCGCACGCACCCACGUUGUAGCUCCAGCUGUUGCUCACUACGAAGCCGUGGCCGCCCCAGUCGCUCACGUAGAAACUUACGCCGCUCCAGUGGUCGCUCACGAAGCUAAGAUCUCCCAUGUCCCAGCCGCCGUUAGCCACAGCCACAGGACCGACUACAUCAGCAACCCAGCGAUCGCACAUACCCACGUUGCCCACGUAGCCGCUCCAGUCGCUCAUCAUGUUGAAGCCUUCGCCGCUCCAGUCGCUCAUCAUGUUGAGGCCGUCGCCGCUCCAGUCGGUCACCACGUUGAAACGAUCGCCGCUCGCUUUUCCGCCCCAAUUGUCGCUCAUGCCGCUCCCGUCGCUCACGUAGCCACCAUCGCCAAAUCCGCCCCGGUCGCUACCGCCGUAUCGCAAUCCGUCGUUGAACAUCACGCUCCCGUUUCUCACGUUGUAUCCGAGGUUGCCGCUGCCCCAGUCGCCCACCACGUUGGAUACGUUGGUCAUUUGGGAUACGCCGCCCCUUGGGAGCAUUAUGGUCGUAGUUGGUAAAAAUGUAUGUACUGAUCAAUAAUUUUAAUUAAAAGGCGAUAAAUAUACUCUGAUUGUUU